GCCUUGUUGAAUAUUACAAGUCCGGACUCGUUGUUAUUUAUUUAUUGUACAUUCUUUUAUUUGUUUACCCCUUUUUGAACAAUUUGUCAUGGCUGAAGACUCUCAUGCCCAAGCUCCAAACUCAUCGGCAGGACCGCGAAAUUCCAACCCCGGCGGUGGUAGACGACGAGGUGGCGGACGUGGUGCAUCUCACAAUUCAGAUCGACCAGACAACCGCAGGCAUGAGGGUCAAUCGAGAGGUGCUCGCGGCCGUGGAGGUGGCGGAAGAGGUCGAGGUGGCGGUGAUCGGUGGAAUCGCAACAAUAACAAUCCCAAAGGUCACGUACCAAAUACCGCGUUGGAAGGCGGAGGGGGAGGGGGUGGUACAGGACUUGAUGGAGCAGGCAGCUCUGGUGAUCACCCAGCUGGAGAUGCCAUAAAUACGGAGGGUGAAGGUGCCGAGAAGGUCAAGCAAUCAAUUACACCCGCGACAGAUGAACCAGAUGAUGGCGAGGUCUGUUUUAUUUGCGCCUCAAAGGUCGAGCACACGUCGGUUGCACCAUGCAACCAUCGAACCUGCCAUAUCUGUGCGUUGCGACUGCGAGCUUUGUAUAAAACUAAAGCCUGCGCGCAUUGCCGAAGCGAGUCGCCGUUCGUGAUUUUCACCGAUGACCCGGUAAAACGGUUUGAAGACUUUCAAAACUCAGAGCUUUCACGUACGGACGAUAACUUGGGAAUAAAAUAUGAAAAGGACGAAAUCUUCGAAGACACAGUGAUAUUGCUGAGGUACAACUGUCCUGACCAGGAUUGCGAUGUUGCCUGUCUUGGAUGGCCAGAUUUGCACCGGCAUGUGAAGAGUAAACAUGGCAAGUCUAUGUGCGACCUCUGCACUCGAAACAAAAAGGUGUUUACCCACGAGCACGAAUUGUUCACUACGUCGCAGCUGCGAAAGCAUGAAAAAUAUGGAGAUGAUACCCCGGGCGCUAUUGAUCAGAGUGGCUUCAAAGGACACCCUGAAUGUGAAUUUUGCCACCAACGGUUUUACGGAGAUGAUGAGCUUUAUGCUCACUGUAGAGAUAAACACGAGAGAUGCCACAUAUGCGAUCGCCAGCCCGACAAUCGCCGUCAUCAGUACUACAUCAAUUACGACGCACUUGAAGAUCACUUUCAAAAAGAUCAUUUCCUGUGCUUAGAUAAAGAGUGUUUGGAUAAGAAAUUUGUUGUCUUUGAGACUCAGAUGGACUUGAAAGGCCAUCAGUUGGAAUCUCAUCCAAACGGUCUCUCUAAGGAUGCUCGAAGAGACGCACGAAUGGUAGACAUGUCCACAUUUGACUUCCGAACCCCUUAUCAGCCUCAGAUUCGACAGCGAAGAGAAGGUCGGGGAGCAGGCAGAGGACGCGACCCCAACGCAGAAGCUCUCCCCGUCUCCAGUGCCCAGCCGUUGAGAAGAGACGAAAUAGCUUAUCAAAGACAAAUGGCAAUCCAAAGCGCGCAGUCAGUAUCGACCAGAAGCUUUGGCGGUCAGCUUACACCUCGGGAGACCCCUGCCGCUCGAAACGUUGCAGGCCCUACGCCUGCUCAAGCAGCAGCAGCAUCGGGACCAGCUGCGUCUUCUCGUGGCCCAGCAGCCCCCGUCGCACCUAUGGAAAACCUCAACCUGAAUAGUGACUCACUUGCCUCACUUUCACCUCAAGACCAAGCUCGUCGACUCCGACACACUGCCGUUGUCGAGCGGGCUUCCAACCUUCUCCAAAACGACGCCUCCAAAAUCUCAGAAUUCCGCACCAAAGUAUCCAACUACCGCACAUCCAUCAUAUCCGCUACCGAACUGAUUGACUCCUUUUUCUCUCUUUUUGACACUCCAAGUUCGGAGUUAGGAAAACUUAUCAAGGAACUCGCCGAAAUCUACGAAGACGAAAGCAAAAGGAACGGCUUACUCAAGGCUUGGAGCGACUGGAGGGCUAUCAACGAGGACUAUCCAGCCUUACCAGGACCGAACGGCAUUCUACCUGGCAUGUCAUCAGGCACAACAGGGUCGGGAGGAAAACGUGUUUUACGCCUGAAGUCUUCAACGGCCCAGUCUUCGCGCUCUGCUGUUGGCCGCGCUGGUAGCAAUGCUUUCCCACCCCUCCCUGCCUCCACAUCAGCCAACAGCCGUUCUGGUACAUCCUCACCCGCGCCAGCAUGGAGUAGUAGCACUCCUACAUCUCGGCCAACGGUCACAACCACAUCCUCAUUCUCACGCCCCCCGCCGCGAGCUCAGACAGGACCUCUUCCGCGCACGAAUGACCGUGAAGCAUUUCCGUCUCUCCCAGCUGCUCCAAAGCCGAACACGCUCAUGGCGGGACUCACGCGUGGUACAAUUCGUUGGGACGAACGUCGUGGACCCGCUCCAGCGGCCUGGGGUAGCAAUUCUGGGUCCGGAACAUCUACUCCGGGUGAAGAGUUGGACGAAUUUAGUGUUUCUGGAGGCGGAAAAAGGGGUAAGGGGAAAAAGGGGAAACAGGUUCUAUUUCAAUUUGGUUAGAUGGGUUUAGGAUAGAUGGUGGUUAUCGCCUGAGCGUUUUGUAAAUAUUGAUUAGAUUUUCUCUUAUUAAUUCUGAAUAAUACUUGAGAUGG